AUGGAGGCAUCUGCUUGUGCAGACGAGUAUGAGCAUAGUAUACCAAAUGUUAUGUAUGUAGUAAACAAUAUACCAGGUCCGGGUAUAGAUUUAGAUGAUUUCGAAUCGGUAUAUUCGCUAGGCUGUUUGUGCGUAGAUACAUGCUCCAAUUGUUCGUGUACACGUGGUUCUCCGAAUUAUGUCGACGAUCGGAUUCUAGAUGAAAAAUUAGGAGAGCCCAUAAUCGAAUGCAAUUGUUGCUGUACUUGUGGAGUGAACUGUGGCAAUAGAGUGAUACAGAAAGGUCCGUUGGAUUGCUUAGUUGUAUCGAAAGUAGGCGAGAAAGGACUUGGUUUGCUUACGACUAAAUUCAUUCAGAAAGGUCAAUUUAUUUGUGAAUAUGCUGGUGAAGUUAUAGGUAUCGAAGAAGCACGAUACAGAGUAGAAGCAAAUAAAAAUGAUACGAAUUAUGUUCUAGUAGUUUCUGAACAUGUUGGGAACCGAACUAUCAUUACGUGUAUAGAUCCUAAAUAUUUUGGUAACAUUGGACGGUAUUCCAACCACAGUUGUGAACCAAAUGCUAAUCUUGUACCUAUUAGAGUCGAAGGAGUAGUGCCUCGAUUAUGUUUGUUCGCAUCUAGGGGCAUAGACAUCGGGGAAGAGAUAACCUUUAACUAUGCAGGUGGAGUUGCUAAUUCCGUCCAUGAACUCAGUGAUACGCCCUGUCUUUGUGGUUCUAGUAACUGUGUUGGUUAUUUGCCUCAUAAUUCUAUUUAAAAAUACUUAGAAGCCGUCAAGUGUUUCAUUGAGAUGAACGUGUCCUGCAUUGUGCUUCCAAAAUUCUGACACAUAAAUGAAACUGAUGGCUCUCUAAUUAGAUUCUUAAACGUUCGGAACGUAAAUAUUGAUAAUAGUAUCAUUAUCGUUUUAGUAUAAUUGGCACUUUCGUUGCUUUGUUGGGU